UUUUUCUCGGUAAAUUGACAUCGCUGGUUAGCGGCAGCCUGGUUGCUAGACGACUCAAUCUGCGACGCCGAUGAGAAAACAGUAAGCUCUGUACGGAAAGACAGCAGCAUUUUAACAGUUUUAAGGAAGCUAUGCUUUACAGCCCACAUUACCGUAUGGACUGCUUAUUAUUAAGGAAAGUUAGCUGUCCUAAAAAACGUAAAUUCCCAGUUGUAGCAUAGCUAGCGUCUCUUUUGUUGCCCCCCUGUGUAUUUUUUAGCAAGAGAGGAGGCGACGUGAAGUAAGAUUUGGGAGUUGUGAAAAGAUGACCGAAUUAGAAGUGGGAAAAGUCGAGUUUUCCAACCUAACAUAACAGUUAUUUACAAGCUAUGUUCAAUGCCAAUGCUAAGAUGUCUCUGGAGGCGAGUGAUGUCCAAACAGAUGAAGACUACGAGGAGCUGAAAACGAAAAAGAAAGUCUCUUCUGGCAAGCCUCCUCCUUCUCCAGGGUCUCCAUACCUCACCAGUCUGAAUGUGAAUCCCAGGAGAGCAGCAGUGGGUGCUUGGAGACUACCAAGGGCCUCUCUGGGGGACACCAGAUUGGACACUCCUGGGGAGACUGGCCCAGCUCGCCUUACUUCCCUCAGCAACGGCCUUGAUGUGUCUCAGACUCUGAGAUUGGAGUGUGAUGCCACACCAGAGCUCCUCAUGCAGACCCUGAGCACGAGGAAGUCCAAACAUCUCCACUCUGCUUCCAACGGUUUGACUUUAGUUACAAGUGAUUUCAUGAAGAAGGAGGACAUGUACGAUGAGAUCAUUCACCUCAAGAAGAGCCUUCAUGAACAGAAAUCUGACAACCAGCAAAUGAAAGCCAAACUACGACGCCUGGAGGAAGAUAAUGCCAAGAGAGAGAAACAGAUAGAAGCACUGUUGGAUCCCACUAAGGGAUCUGAAUAUACGCGUAGUUUGGUAGAUAGGAAAAGAGAAGGGAGUGUGGUUAUCAAUGGACUGAAGCAGAGGAUCCUAAAGCUGGAGCAGCAGUGCAGAGAGAAAGAAAACGCCCUGAGUAAACUGCAAAGUGAGCUGAGGGCCACCAACCUGGAAGAACUGAAGAUUCGAGUCAAAUCAUACUUUGAGGAGAUUCAGAGACUGAGGAUGCUUCUAGAAGCAGCUGAGAAAAGCUGUCGAGCCGAGAGUAAAUGCUCCCAGAGGCAGCAAAAAGCUUUGAGCUCCACAGUUCACCGUCUGACUGAGAACCUGAAGCAGCUUCAACAAGAGAACGUGGCACUCAGAGAAGAACUCAACACUGACACUCCUGCUGGAGGAGCCAAAGAUUACAGAGAGUGGAGUAAACAGAGAAUGUUGAGACGGCUGUUGGAGGUGGAGAAGAGGCUGGAAGACAGCAAAAGACACGCCCAGUCACCAAAGAGCAGCAUCCUAUUGGAUAAGGAAGUCCAGACCACGCUCACUGAGAGUCUGGCGUUUACCAUGGCAACAGAGGCAGUGGUCUCCGUGGGAACGCUCACUGAUGAAAGGGAGGAGGUUUCGGAGUUGAGGGAACGCUUGAGCCAAUUGGAGGAGGAGAAAAUGGCGCUUGAAGAGUUGCUGUCAAGUAGAGAUGAUGAACUGAAACAGCUGAAGACUGAAAGAGAAAAACUGGAGAAAGCGACAAAACAGUGGAAAGUUGAACAGAAAAAACGACAUGACGAAGAGAGACGGCAGCAUAAACAGGAGUUGAAACAGUUGCGAGCUCGGAUCCAAAGUCUGGAGGAGGAAAACAGUAAACUUGCACAGGCUGAGCUCUCCUCUCCUCCUCCCACAUCGGCAGAGGAGACUCAGGGCAGCACAGGUGUGAGAGAGGGAGAGGAAAAGGACACGGGGAGCAAAGAGGAGGGAGAGGGAGGUGAGGAAUCGGUCAAAGAUGAUGGAGAGAAAGAAGAAAUGGAGAAAGCAGCAUUAGACAUUCAGAUAUGCUGGAGGGAGCACAGAAACAGGGACACAGUGAUGCUGCAGUCAGCUUUAAGAGGCCACCUCUUCAGAGACUCACAGCUGAAGGAGCUACCGGAAGACGCACAGAAUCAGGUUGAAAAAUCAUCAAACUUCAGCGAUGAAGCUUCCUCUGCUGGUGACAUGCUGGAUGAUGACGCCUUGACAACGAUACAGUCGGCGUUCAGGGGACAUCUGGCUCGAUGUAGUCUUGCACAAGAAAGGUCUGUGCCUUCUUUAAUGGAAAACAAUUUUCCCACGCUGGCACCAAGAGGAAGUGCAUUACCACACCCACCCAGCAAAAAACAUGCUGCAUCCCUCAGUGAUGAUGGUGAAGAGGAAGGUUUAAAGAAAAAAACCCGGCCUGCGUCUAACAUCUCUGCCUCCAGGAAGACACUCACAAAAGCCCAGAGUGAGUCUUGUGACAUCGAUGAAGACGCCGCUUUCUAUUCUGAUGAUUCUGAUGACAUCAUCGUGUCUCCGUCACGCCCAUCGAGAAGCUGAGUAGUCACUAAGUAUAGUUACUGAGUAUAGUUACUAAGAACUUUAACUUCUUACUGAACCUGCAAAUAAUAGCUGGGCUGUUCCAAUAAUGUUUAUAAUAACAAUAACAAUAUUCACUGUGUAACACGAGCUGCUCCCAUGCCAAUGCCAAUAACAGGAAUAUUCUCAGAAUGUGUCUCAGUGUCGAUGUAAGUUUAUGAGAUGUUUUUUUUCUUUAAUCAGUUGAGAACAUAAAACGAACAGCCCAUUUUUGUUGAGUGUGUUAUUCUUGAGCCAAAUAUCUCUGUUUAAUUAGUCAGAUUUAUUUUUGUUUCUUUUUGCCAAAGUGCCUGCUGCAUGGGAAUUCAAAUUGAAAUAGCAGAAAUGAAUGCAUUCAUUUCUGCUAACCUAGCUGGAAUCACUUUAAAUUCAUCUGGCUUCAUCAGGCUGAAAUAAUCCAUAAAAUCACAUUUGCACAUGCCUUAUUUGGUAAUACAUGAAAGUCAGCACACUAAUAUAUGUUGCAUGCUUAGUUCGCUAUAGCUGAGUCUGCGGUGUGGUUGAGGGACAGCUCUUAACUGAUGCACUAUUGAGCCAAACUGUGAAUAAGUUAUAGAUCAGGCUGCUGCAAUACUGAAACGGUGAGAGCGGGGGAGAUUACACAGGAUACACAGGGACUGUGUCUAAUGCCAAUAAUACUUGUGCUUUAAAACAGACAAAUGAGUCAAUAAAAUCAACGCUCGAGUGCAUUUGUCUCCACAUGAUCAGUGUAACUUAAUUUCUGAUACAGUAAAUAAAAUGUUUUUCUAAUAAAA